GCUAGUGUCUUACAUGCCGCUAGCUUUCAUCUCUGGCGCGAGACGGACGCAAUCUGCGCGCUUCUACGCCGCGCAUUUAUCGGCAGCGAGGACCCACAAGGACCGCACGCAAGCGCGUCGCGAGCCUGUGCCUUCCGCUGACCUGCACAGACUUGCCAGCGACAAAAGCAGCGGCGCGCGCACGCUUGCCGCCGCGAGACGCGCGAAAGCCGGCGACGACGGUAGAAGAUGGCCUCCAUCUUCCUCGCCAACUUAGAUGCGGACGCGAUCGGACUGGGCGCGUCGUGCACGAAGCCCGAGGUCCUGGCGAGAGACACGCAAGCGACGCGGAAGCGCAUCACGCUCGAGGCCGAGGACGAUAAUAAUGUAGGAUUCACGCCCGCGGGCCCCAUCCAGGCGCUGACGAACGGUUCGGCUCAGGUGUCCGUGUCCGACUGCUUGGCGUGUUCCGGGUGCGUGACGAGUGCCGAGUCCGUGCUCCUGGCGGAGCAGGCCGCGCCGAAGCUUGGGAUACUCUGUAACGAAGGGCGGCCCGUCGAUGUUGUUAUUGAUAGAGCUGCCUUGGCUUCGGUGGCCCAAAAGUUCGACUCGACGCCCGCGGAAGCCUUGGCGCGACUGCGGACGGCCUGCACUGCAGCGUUGCCCGUUCGAAGGGUCGUCGCCGCGACGGACGCGCAAGAUUUACAACUGCUCGAGACGCUGCACGAGUUCGAGAGACGGCUUGCGAGAGAGGACGCCGGUCUACCAGCAUCUAGAGAAACACCUCCACCAACAGUAGCCGUCUCCUCGACGUCCUACAAAGAUCCGAAAACGAACCAGGUCAUCUCGUACACUGUCGAGCCGAAGACCGAGGCCCCUUUACCGUUGGUCACGUCGCAGUGCCCCGGCACGGUCUGUUUUCUGGAAAAGACGGCGCCGCACGCGCUGCCUUAUUUAUCCUCAACAAAGUCGCCGAUGGCCGCCGCCGCGGCCGUCGUACAAGAUGCGGCCGUUUGUUAUGUGGGAGCCUGCGCCGACAAAAAAUUGGAGGGAUAUCGCCGCGACCUCAUGGACGACGACGUGCCUCAUAUCAGUCUCGUGUUAACUUUGACUGAGUUUGUGGAGGCCAUCGGUGCCGAUAGGUUAGAGGCGACGCAAGCCGUCCCGACGGAAGCCGAUGCGCGGGACACGCGCGUCCACGCCCACUCGCAAAGUGUGUCAGGUGGGUACGCGGACUUCGUCUUUCGGUGUGUGGCUGGUAAGGAGCCGGAGUGGAAGCGCGGUCGGAAUAAUGACGUCGUCGAGGCUACCUUAGAGAGACCGGGUCUGCGACCGCUCAAGUUCGCGAUCGCGACGGGGUUUCGGAACGUGCAGCGCGUCGUCGCCGCGCUGAAGCGGCCAAAGCCCCAGUACGACUUCGUGGAAUUGCUCGCCUGUCCCGUGCGUAUCCCGCGUCGUCAAUCAACAAAGCGCCCUUGACUUGUCACGGUGACCCUUCUUCAAUAGUAGAGAAUCUCACCCCUCUUCGCGGCGCGAGAGCACGAACCGCACGCGGUGGGAUUUGGGCGCUCGUCCCGUCGAUGGGGAGGGCCCAUUACCGCGUUUUACACACACAGAGCGGCUGCGCGAACGGCGGCGGGCUGUUGAAAGGUGAGAAGGAGAGCCGCGACGAGGCCCAGAGUCGCGUCGCGGCGACACUUCUCAAGGUGCACGAAGCGCCGACCAACGACCCACGGGCCAGCGACGACCCUGCACAGCGCGCGGCGCUGCGGCCGCGGCUCCACACGCGGCACCACCGCGUGCCCGACGCGGACACUUCGGCUUCUUCGUCGCUGUCGCUCGGCAACAAAUGGUGAGUCCUUCUUAGGUGUGAGUAAUGUGAUUUAUGACGACGCCGUCGACGAAAAAGGGCCUUAGGCGCGACAGCAU